AUGAAGUUCUUCAAGUCAUUUGCCGUAAGUGCUGCUUAUUUGAUCGCCCUCUCUGGGGCUGUUGAUUCCAACGGUACUGUCGUAACGACUCCUGCUGGCAACGACAACGCCGCGACCUCGAGCCCUGCUAUGACUACUGCUCCAUCGCAACAGGGUUCCCCUAAUGGUCCUACGUCUAGUGUCACUACUGGUGCCAGUAGCAAUGGUACCCAAACUGGUACCACGCCUUUGCCUGCUGGUGACGUUGCUGCAUGCCCUACUGGUUGGUGUCUCGAUUACCAGUUCAAUCCUGGUAACAAUACGUGUAUCACGCCCGAUCCAGUGAAGCUGAUGGACUGUUGGGAAGACUACUGUGCUGAAGAGGAGCCUGGUGGAUACUGUUUGGUGUGGGAGCCCGAUAGUGGUCGUGUUUGCCAUGGUGGUCUGAAGAAGUGCUAUUGCCCGGAUUACCAGACGAAGACGAUGAAGUACUACCCUCCUAGUCAAAUGCCUGAUGGAUGGUCAGCCGCUCAGCAGUGUGUAUAUGAGGGAGCUACUGGCACUACCAAGGCCCCUGCCCCUCCCCCGGUCGUUCCUGCCUCAAAUGGCGUUAGAACCGCAAUUUCGAUUGCAGGGGGUGCUGCUCUCGGAACCCUUGUUAUCGGCAACGUUUUCUGA